GUUAUUCAAUUUGUAAGAUUUCUUUUCCCGGUGUUUUCUUUAAGUUAAAUAUAAAUGUUUCUAUGCAUAAAAUAGUGUAAAAAUUGAUUCAAUAUGGGUCAACAUGUUUCAAGAAGAGAUUUUGAAUGGACAUUUAUUCAAGAACCACAUGCAACUAGACGAAAACUUAUUUUAAAAAAAUAUCCACAAAUAAAAAAACUGUUUGGAUAUGAUCCCAAAUUUAAAUGGAUUGUAACAGCAAUGGUCUUGAUACAAUUUGCAUCUAUGUUUAUUGUUAAAGAUUUAAGUUAUCCUUUACUUUUAUUGAUGGCUUAUUGUAUUGGUGGAGUUAUAAAUCAUUCUCUUAUGCUAGCUAUUCAUGAGAUUGCUCAUAAUCUUGCUUUUGGACAUUCAAGACCAAUGAGUAAUAGGUUUUUUGGAUUUUUUGCAAACUUGCCUAUUGGCAUUCCAAUUUCAAUAAGUUUUAAAAAAUAUCAUCUUGAACAUCAUAGAUAUCAAGGUGAUGAAAAAUUAGAUACAGAUUUACCCACAUUACUAGAAGCAAAAUUGUUUUGUACAACAUUUGGGAAAUUUUGCUGGAUUCUUCUUCAACCAUUUUUUUAUUCUUUUCGUCCUCUUAUUACUUACCCUAAAUUUCCAAGUAUGCUGGAAUAUAUUAAUUUAGUUAUACAACUUUUUUUUGAUGCUAUAGUAUGGUAUUUUUUGGGUGGCAAAGUAUUAGUGUAUUUCAUAAUUGGUGCAGUUAUGGCAAUGGGUUGUCAUCCAGUUGCAGGACAUUUCAUAUCUGAGCAUUAUAUGUAUAAGAAAGGAUAUGAAACAUACAGUUAUUAUGGCCCUUUAAAUUUCAUAACAUUUAAUGUUGGAUAUCACAAUGAACAUCAUGAUUUCCCUGCAAUUCCUGGUUCUAAACUUCCGGAAGUUAGAAAAAUAGCUGCUGAAUUUUAUAAUAAAUUACCUCAUCAUAAUUCUUGGAUAUCUGUUUUAUAUGAUUUUGUGAUGGAUCCAGAAAUUGGCCCUUAUGCUCGAAUGAAACGUAAGCAUCGAGGACUAACUACGUAAACGGAUUCUAAUGACACAUCAAGGAAUAUUGAUAUUACUACAGUCUAUUAAAAAAAAAUCCAGGACAAGCAGAGGAUCGACUAAAACUAUAGUUAAUAUACAAUGCCAUGCUGAUUAAAAGUAUGAAAUAAAUAUUAUAAAAAGAAAAUUUAAUCUCAAAACCUGAAGAAAUAUAAGUAA